UGGGGAAAGGCAUUCCUCGGUGUAAGCGGACCUACCUCCCGUCGUAUCCUUAGCCAGGGCGGUCGGGGCGGGGUGGACCCCAAUGUGUGUGUGUUCAGGUAUGAACGUCGUCCUCUGGGCUGGACUUUGAAAAACGUCAGAGCCUGCACAGCGUGGCAGGCAAAGCGUAGGUUGGAGUGUUUGAGGGGGGCCCUUACUGCGCACCAUGGGGCCAAGGCAUUGAGGGCCCCCACCCAGGCAAGAAAAAAAUAACUAAAGACCAGGGGCUUUUCCAGGAAAAAGAAGAGAAGUUUAAAGAAAAAAGGUAAAAAAGAAAGCAUCAGAAUGGUUGCAGAGGAAGUUUUGAUUACUCUGUCCGGUGGAGCGCCAUGGGGGUUCCGUCUGCAGGGUGGCGUGGAACACCACAAACCUCUACAGGUGGCCAAGGUGCGCAAACGUAGCAAGGCGUGCAGAGCCGGAUUGAAAGAGACGGACGAGUUGGUGUCCAUCAAUGACCAGCCAUGUGAUGUGUUAUCUCAUGCCCAGGCUAUGAGCCUGAUCGAUGCCUCCCCAAUGAUAUUACACAUCCGUGUUAAAAGGGUACCUGCUGGGUUUCAGUCUGUGGUGCUCAUGACCCGCGCGCCUUCCCCUCGUAUCGACAAGGAGUACCGUGCUUCCCUGUUGACACUGUCACCCAGUGACCUCCACCACGCGCCUGUCCGUGAGGUCCACCGUAGCCGAUCUUCCCUAACUAGCGGCCUCACUUCGCCGCCUGGUAGUGAGGCCUACUAUGGUGAGACUGAUAGCGACGCAGAUGUGGCGGGCUACGAGAGGCAACGACGUCAGAAACGACGCAGCCCUAAUUCCAACAAACCAACGGGACGGACCUCUCCUGAGGGAGGGGAGACUUCGGAGAUGAGCGGCUAUGACAGCGCCCCAGACGCACAAGUUUAUCUGUCAGAAGGACACGGGGGAGGUGGAAACGGAGGGCUGCCCGGGGUGGCCCGAAGGGAAGUGAUUUACCAGCCCCCUGCUCCAGGAAUGUGGUCUUCCUCCCAAACAUCAACCGAGACAUCUUCCAUCAUCUCGUCAGCAGACGACCAGGGGCCCCGGGAUGGAGAGCAGGAGGAAGACUUCAUCGAGAUUGCUAAUGUGCCGCUGGUAUCCCCCGAGAGGGCAAAAGAGGCAAUGAUGCUGAGCUCUCGCAGCCAGCUAGUGCCCAUGGUGGGCCCUGUGAAUAACCCUGUUGACGAGGAACUUACAACAACCUACAUGGAAAAGGCCAAGCAAGCCAAACUUAACCGAGGAGAUACGCCGCAGGACAAGCAUGUAAAGGAAGCCAGAAGCAAGUGUAGAACAAUCGCAUCCCUCCUGACGGACGCUCCUAACCCUCACUCCAAAGGGGUGCUGAUGUUCAAGAAAAGGCGGCAGCGCUCCAAGAAGUAUACCCUCACGAGCUUUGGCAGUGUGGAUGAGGAUCAGUCCCAGGACUCACAAGAAGAAGAAGAUGGUGUGUUGCCUGGCAGUGAGUCAGAAUUUGAGGAAGAGGGCUUUUCAGCCGCUCCUGAUCCAACCUGGGAUAGUGACUACUUGGAUAUGCUAGAGAAAAGGGCAACUGCGGGUGUAGAGGGCCGAGGGGAUGGGGAGGAGGAUGCUCCAAGUCCGGGCUUGAAUGCCACUACGGGGAAGGGUGCCCAGUUGUUUGAACAGCAGAGGAAAAGAGCUGCUGAGCAUGCCAAGAAGGUGGAGGCAUCACAGUCUCAGGUGGCCCAGCAGGCGAGAAACGAGCAAGCCCACAUGUUUUAUCCAGACAGUCAAGGGAAUGCAGCCUUACAACAAGAUGUCUACCAAGCCCAAGCGACCUUUAACAUGUCUAAUGGAGAUCUAUCUCAGGCAGCAGGUGGAAGAGCUAGAAUGGGUAUGCAAGGUGGAGCCCGGCCAGCCAUCGCCUCUGUGGACAUGUUCAUCGGCACGACGCCACCAGUUGAGACAUCCGUUCCAGAAGCACCUGCCAGUAAUGUUCUCAACAGAACCGCACGUCCUUUCACACCUGGCUUCAUUACUUUGCGGGCCGCAACUGCUCCAGUAGCAUUCAAUCCAUCUGCCACAAAGACACACCAUCGACCUACCUCAGCAGCUGCCUUUCCACCGCAAUUUUCCACUGUCCCAGAGCAGGCUAUUAAUUCUACAUCAGUUAUGUUACAGCUGUCACCUGGUCCUCAAGUCUCUUCUAAACCUUGUGUAACUCGCACAGCGGAGGCUUCUGUCAUCCUAAGCCCUUCGGCCAGUUCCUCUUUUAUAGAGACAGCACACACACCGCAACAGAUGACUGCUGCUUAUCCAGUUCAACAUGUAAACGUGCCUCGAAUGCCUCCAACUCCACCACAGCCCACCUUUUCAGCUCCACCACAACCAAUGGUUUCAGCUUUACCGCAGUUCAAAGUUUCAGCUCCUAUUCCUCCCGUAUCUCAAAUUCCUGCUCCAAUUCAACGAGUUGCACUGGGUCCACCGGUUUUGCCAAGAGCACCUUCAUGCCCAACUCAAAUUCCCAUGACACCUGUAGCACCAGUGUCCAUGGUCUCCCACCCAGAAGCGACAGCUCCAACCCCUGUUGCUGCUUUAGGAGGUCGUUCCGGAAUUUUACUUGAGGCUCGACGCCGUAGUGGAAAACCUAAACCUAUGUUCCAUGUACCAGAAGUCAAGAAGAAUUCACCCAAUCCUGAGCUGUUGUCCAUGGUGCAGAAUUUUGAUGAGAGGGCUACACAACCUAAGCAUAUCCAACCAUUCUCUGAAGAUUUUUAUGGCUAUGCGCAGGAAGGAGGAAGUGAGAUGGUCAGCAAAGGGAAGAUGCCUCCUCCCCCAGUGGCACCAAAGCCUCGGGUUCUGCAGGAGGCCCCGCAGAUCAUUCAAGCGGGAGGAAAGGGGGCUCAGCUCUUUGCCCGCAGACAGAACCGCAUGGGUAUGUAUGUAGUGGAUGCGGCUCCACAGACCCAUUACCAACAGGAAGUGUCCUUUCAUGGCCCUACACAACCCCUCAACUCCUCCUCCAACCCCUCCAUUCCCUCUCAGUGGAAAUACUCCUCCAAUGUGCGUGCCCCUCCACCCAUUGGGUAUAAUCCACUCCUUGCCCCUUCUAUCCCCACAGGGCCUCAGAAGAACACAGCCAAGACAGCUAGUAAGAGUAAAGGUGGCUCCCAGCGUGAGGGCAUCCAAGCUCUGGAUUUCAUGAGAAGGCAGCCCUACCAGCUCAACUCUGCCAUGUUCACUGGAAGUGCUGCUAACCCUUCUCAGCACAAUCAGAGACAAGGACAUUAUACUGCAAUGGUGGGCAGCUCCUUGGUUUCACCGAAGCAGAUACCCAUAAAAACAGCUCGUACCUAUGAGAUCAAGAGAUUCUCAACACCAACACCUAUGUCUGCUCCCACUCUGGUUCCCAAAGUCCUUGCACCUCGCUCAGCCACCAGCCUCGGAGAGCGUAUAAAUCACUCUGAUAUGACCAGUCCACCUCCUGGUCUGGCUUUUUCAACCCCAGAUGCCAACUUGGCACAAGCUCCAUUCAGAGAGUCAGCUUCAUUCUCCUCCCAAAUAGGUGGAUUGCCCGGCCUUCCAAGAUUAUCUGCCAUGCCGCCUCCGAACCUUGUGCCCGGUGUAGCAACACAUUAUAGCCCAGUGUCUUACGACACUGGCCUCCAGGCAGCCAAGCAGUUCCAGAGUGCUCCAGAGCUUAGUUUUCUGUCUUCAUUGCCCCCGCUCAAGUCCACCCCAAUUCAGGCACCCAAACCGCGUUUUGUUGCUACCAAGGGGGGUGUUCAGCCUCAUGUGUGGCGACCCGGGGCAAUAUAAACAACUGGAAACUCGUCACUACCGCACUAAAUCCAAGUGUGCCGUUCACUCAUUCGUCCUUGUAAUUGUCUUUGCUGUUCGUGCUGGUUUGCUUGUUUUCCCAAAGAAUCAGGCAAACAUCACAUUAAUGGAUUUUCGGUUGCUCGGUGUAAAGGGAUGUCGCCCCACAUAAACAAGCAACUCUAAACAUUAUAAUAUAUUAAGCUCAAGCUUCUAGACGGAAACAUGUUCAUCACUUUAAUGUUGCUGCUUACGUCUUUAGAUUAGUUACCAUCCUAACACACUGUAUCCUGCAAAGCAAACCAUAGGCUUAAUUUCAAAUGUAUACAAUAUAUCAAAUGUAAAUUAAUAUUUGUAAAACCACAAUGGUUGAUGACUCUUUUGGCACUCCAGCAUUAAUACCCCCUCAAUCCCAGUAAACAAUGUGCACUUACUUCACAUUACAUUAUAUUAGUCGUGUUAAGCUUCCUAAUACAACAAUGACACAGCUGCUAAGUGUGGUCUUGACAGAUGUGUUACUCAUAUAUUCUAUUUUAUUAAAUAAAUAACAGAGAUGAACAAGUGUGUGUUUUAUUGAUUCUAUAUGAAGUUGUGCAAGGGAAAGGUGAUUUAUAGUGAGUAUUAAUAAAAGCGUUUGAUGAUAUGAGAGAGGCUGUGGAGAGGUGGAAAUGAUCGGUAGGAUAAUAAUAGGACAGACGUGAAUGUGGUCAGUGGUCAAAAAUACACGUGAAUGAUUUGAUCAUAUUUUUGUUUGUACGUAAGAUUCAAAGUUGUUUAAGUCGUGAACACCCACAGCAUGGAGAUGUUAACAGAGGAUGACGAGAAAGGAUCAGAAUAGAGGUUGUCAAGAUGACAAAAAGUCAAUGCACUGACGUGGGUUUUUUUUUUUUUUUUUUACUGCAAUAAGAA